AUGGUGACUAUAUCUACAAUUAGCAGUCAAUCCAAGGAAAGAGUUUGUGUUUAUCUUUUUGGAUGCAGUCAUUGGUUUGCACUUGCUAGAUAUCUUGAACACGAUGCAGAUGGAUCGUCACAGGUGGAUUUAAAGAAUGAGAUUAUAACUGGAGAGGUUGGAGAUCGCUGUAUGUCAUCGUUAAAUUUUCAAGGUUAUGGAUUUAAUCCCUGGAUGCAGCCAAGGCUAGACCCUACAGUGCUGGGUCUACAACCUGAUAUAUUUCAAACAAUGGCGUCUUCUGCUAUACAAGAUCCUCGGGGUUUGGAGAAACGUCCCAACCAAUCUCUUCCGCAGUUCCAGCCAAAUCAGAAUGUGUCUUACCAGCAAUCAUCUCUAAUUCAAAAUCAAUUUUUACAGCAAGUUCAGUCACAGCAAACCUUAGCACGGAGCUUUCAAGAAAGCCAAACAGUGGCUCAAAAUCAAGUCCACGGUCAGCUCUUGCAGCAGCAAAUGCAAAAUUUCCGUCAAUAUGAUGGUCAGCAGUCGCAACAGCAGCAACUUCCUCAAUUUGAACAGCUACGCAAUCAAUUUUCCGAUCAACAGAAAAUCCCAAAGGUUAUCAACAAGACUCAUUCUUUUGGGUCAUCCACUCAGUCCUUACCUACAUCCUUGGAAACUAUAUCUUCUGCGUGCCCACAACAACUGUUUUCGAACUCUAUCAUGAAUUCUUUGACUCCAGCUGACAUUUCUCUGAUGCAAAGUCUGUUAAAUUCGUUCUCGCAAGAUGGUGGAUCUCGUCAAGUCACUUUACCUGACUCUAAUCCUUUGGUAUCUUCAUCUCCCAUACUUUCAAAGCGAGUUGCAGUCGACCCUCAGCUUUCUCCCAGUACCGCUUCAUGUCCUCUGCCUCAAGUAGAAGACUUGGGUGGAUCACAAACUAGGCUCUCUGAACUCUCUUCUUUGUUGCCACCUUUGCCCACUAAGGAGUUCUUAAUAUACCAUGGCAUUGGUGAUUCACAGAACAAUCUUGCUGCAGGGACUGAAUUUCCACCUGCUUUGGAGAUUAUGACUACUAGCUGUGUUGAUGAAGCAGGAUUCUUGCGGCCAACGGAAAAUGAUGGUCAAGCAAACCUACCUAGUGGAACCUUUAUAAAGGUCCACAAAUCAGGGUCCCUCGGGCGUUCACUGGAUAUAUCCAAAUUUAGCAGGUAUCCGGAGCUGCGCAGUGAACUUGCUCAAAUGUUUGGUCUAGAAGGCCAACUGGAGGACCCCCUGAGAUCAGGCUGGCAGCUUGUAUUUGUUGACCGUGAGGAUGAUGUUCUCCUGCUUGGUGAUGAUCCUUGGCACGAAUUUGUUAACAAUGUGUGGUACAUCAAGAUCCUAUCCCCUCAAGAAGUACAGCAGAUGGGUAUAGAGGGUUGUGAUCUUCGGCAUGCUAUGUCAAGGCCCAAACAUCAAAACAAUUUCAAUAGCUGUGAUGAAUACUCAAUUCAACAGAACUUGAGACAUAAUAGCAAUGGGAUGGCAUCUUUAACCUCUCUUGAUUACUAA